CCAUGCCUGGCUGUUCUUUUCCCAAAUUAAGAGAUUAUGUGGGCAUUUUAGGGUUGUUCUUGGGCUCAGAGGGGGUUUUGACGAAAAAAAGAAUUUCAGUUUCUUCAAAGGGUCCGUCUUUUUCUACUCCAAUUUGGUGGGAAAACUGAAGGUCAACAGCAGAGCAGCAGCAAAACGCUUCCUUUUUCGAUUCAAAUACUCAUUUGCACAUUUGGGUAUUGGAAGAUUUGAAGUAUACUGUGCUUCAAGAAGGGGAAGAGAUUUAGUCAUCAGUAUCUGAUAUUCACAUGCUUUAUAUAUUUUGGUAGUCUCAGUGUUACUGAAUGGCGCACUGAUUGGAGAUUACUAAAGGAACUUUCUAAUCACAUACACAAACUAUGGAGUGCAAUAAAGAUGAGGCCGUUCGGGCAAAAACAAUUGCAGAGCGGAAGUUCGAGCAGAAGGAUUUUGCUGGUGCAAAGAAAUUUGUCUUAAAAGCUCAGGCCUUGUAUCCGGGGCUUGACGGUGUAACCCAGAUGUUAACAACACUUGAUGUCUAUAUCUCUGCCGAAAAUAAAAUAAGCGGGGAAGUGGAUUGGUAUGGGGUACUUGGUGUGGGCCCCUCAGCUGAUGAUGAAACGGUGAGGAAGCAGUACAGGAAGCUAGCUCUCAUCCUCCACCCGGAUAAGAACAAAUCUGUUGGUGCUGAAGGUGCAUUUAAACUUUUGUCUGAGGCCUGGAGCUUGUUAUCUGAUAAAUCCAAGAGGUUGGCAUAUAACCAGAGGAGGAGUUCAAGAGGAUUCCAGCAGAAAGUUCCAGUGCACUCAGGUGGUGCAUCAGCACCUCCACGGAAUGGAUUUCAUAAUUUUCCUAGUAGGCCAAAUUCAGGUCCAAAGACUCAUAAAAAUGCUUCUCGAACGUCCUCUUCAUCAGUUAAUUCUUCAUCCAAUCAAAGAAGUGAUACUUUCUGGACCAUUUGCCACCGAUGCAAGAUGCAUUAUGAAUAUUUGAAGAUAUAUCUCAACCACACUCUUCUUUGCCCCAACUGUCAUGAAGCUUUUUUGGCUACAGAAACAUCUCCUCCAUUCAAUUAUAACAAGUCAUCCAAUUCUACUCGCCCGUGGCAUCAGAAUAUAGGGAAUCAUGCACCUAAUGGGAAUCAGUUCCCUAUAGGAGGAAAUGCUAGUGCUGGCAAAACGGCAGGAUCAGCAGCAGCAAGUUCUAAUACUGCAAAUUCUUCGAACUUUCGACAGGAUUCAUAUUCCAGAACGGCUGGUGUUGGUAGCUUGGAUCCUUCCAUUGCAGUAAAAGCAGCAAAUGUUGUUCAGCAGGCACAUGAGAGAAUGAAGAGAGAACGUGAUUCACAGACUAGUUCUGGAUGGGGGAGAGCUCAUCCUUUUACCGACAGAGAGGCACCUCUCAAACAGAGAAGACUGGAUGAGGAUGGCAUCCGUUAUAGAUCCAAUGCGCCUCAGUAUGCAGAAAGGACUUAUGGUUUUUCUUCUAGCAAGUUUAACAGUACCAGGGAGCUGACGCCACUUGAAAACCGAAAUAUGCUGAUGGAGAAAGCUCGGAAAGAGAUACUCAAGAAGUUGAAUGAAUGGAGAUCGCAGCCUCAAGAUACACAAAAACAUAAGGUAAAGGAGAGCAAAAAAGAAAAACAGAAGAAUGCUAGUGUUCCUGGUCAUAAUGUGAAUGGGAAUGUUGAGUCAUCAGCUAUGAAGGGAGUAAAGAAAGCUGUUAAUGCUUCAGCUAAUGAUGCAUAUCAAGAGGAUCCAGUGCCGGAGUCAAUGAAUGUACCAGAUCCUGACUUUCACAAUUUUGACCAGGAUAGGACUGAAAAUUGUUUCGGAGACAAUGAAGUCUGGGCUGCAUAUGAUGCUGAUGAUGGCAUGCCCCGUUUCUACGCUCUGAUUAACAAAGUCCUCUCAAGAGAGCCAUUUAAAGUGAGGCUCAGUUGGCUUAAUUCAAAAACCAAUAGUGAAUUUGGUCCAAUGGAGUGGGUAGCUUCAGGGUUCUACAAAACAUGUGGUGAAUUUAGGAUUGGCAGAUACGAGACAGGUAAGUCUGUGAAUUCCUUCUCCCACAAGGUUCAGUGGUCAAAAGGCCCUCGUGGAUCUGUUCAAAUAUAUCCUAAAAAGGGGGAUGUUUGGGCCCUCUACAGAAAUUGGUCUCCUGACUGGAAUGAGAAUACACCUGAUGAUGUCAUACACAAGUAUGACAUGGUCCUAGUUCUUGAUGACUACAAUGAGGAGCAGGGAAUUUCAGUUGUUCCUCUCAUCAAAGUUGCUGGUUUUAAGACGGUCUUUCGUCCUGACCUGAAUUCUGAGAAGGUGAUAAGAAUAACCAGAGAAGAGAUGUUUCGUUUCUCUCAUCAGGUCCCAAGCCACUUGCUUACAGGUGAAGAAGCUCAAAAUGCUCCAAAGGGUUACCAGGAGCUUGAUCCAGCUGCUACUCCAUUGGAGCUUCUUCAGACAUUAACUGAAACUAAUGAGGUGCCAUCUAUGCAGAACGGUGGAGAGGUUAAUGGAGGUUCAUCACAGAAUGUUCAAGAAACUAAAACUAGUGAGACUGCUGAUCGUAUUCUCAAAUCCAGGGAAGAGGGGAUAGUAGAAAGUUAAGAAGCUCCAUGAAAAUGCAGGAAAAUAGCUUUUUGCCACAAUAGCCAAAAACAGCAGAUUUGAAUUUUGCAAGAAAAUUAGUGGAAUGAGGAGAUAUUUUGAAAAUACAUCUAGUUGAAGACUUUUUGCCAGACCUUUUGACUUCAACUGAAUGAGAUUAAUUGUGGUUCAGAACAAAGCAUAAGUUUGGGCUUAUAUUAAUGGAUCAAGGCCUAUUAGCUGAAGUGGAGUUCGAUUGUGGUGGAAUUUUUUUAGACGGUUACUACGCAGGCCCUUGUUUUGUACUUUGAUCAAAGGCAAAUGGUUGAUCAGAGAUAUUAACACGGGUUAAUGCUUUUUUUCCUCUGGAUGCCGUAUAUUCCCAUGGGUGUACUUGGUCCUUUCCUUUUGUUACUAAAUCCUGUAGAGGCAUCCUCAAAGUUUUUAUUUUGCUACAAACUAGAAUGACUUCUAUUCUUGGAUCUGGUGGAGUAAAAAUAUUGUUUACCUUAAAUUUCUUAAGAGACUGAUUUUCUGUUAAAUACUGA